UUUGGUUCUGUCCCUGGGGUUGAAAUAGGUGAUGAGUUCGACUACAGAGUGGAGCUUAAUCUCGUCAGUCUUCAUCGCAAUUUACAGGCUGGCAUAGACUAUGGAAUGCACAAUGGUGUGCUCCUUGCUGCUAGUAUUGUUGCAUCUGGGGGGUACGACGAUGAGUUGGAUAAUUCAGGUGUCUUGAUUUAUUCGGGGCAUGGGGGGAAUGUGAUGCACAGCAAGAAAAAGCCUGAAGACCAGAAGCUCGAGCGGGGGAAUCUUGCUUUGAAGAACAGUAGCAAGGAAAAAAAUCCUGUCAGGGUGACCCGUGGUGCUUUCUUUGGAGAUGAAAGUCGUAAGAGAUAUGUGUAUGAUGGGUUGUAUGAAGUUGAGACAUAUUGGCAAGAAAGGGGGCCACAUGGCAAGAUGGUUUUCAAGUUUCAGCUGCAAAGAAUCCCAAACCAACCAGAGCUUCCUUGGAUUGAACUGAAGAAUUCCAAAAAGUUCACAUUAAGGAAGGGUUUAUGUGUCAUUGACAUCUCACAUGGUAAGGAGGCACUGCCAAUUCGUGCUGUAAAUACCAUAGAUGAUGAAAGACCACCACCAUUUGAAUAUAUCACUAGGAUGAUCUAUCCUGAUUGGUUGCAUCCGACGCCUGCUAAGGGAUGUAACUGUACGGACAGAUGCUCUGACCCGACAAGAUGUUCUUGUGCUGUUAAAAAUGGAGGAAUCCCAUUCAAUCACACAGGGUGUAUUGUAGAAGUAAAGCCUCUGGUGUAUGAGUGUGGCCCUUCUUGCAAAUGCCCUCCAGAUUGCUAUAACAGAGUCAGCCAACGUGGAAUAAAAUUCCCGCUUGAAGUUUAUAAAACUGACAAAAGGGGAUGGGGUGUGAGAUCUCUACGCUCCAUUCCUUCUGGAAGUUUUGUAUGCGAAUACAUAGGAGAGUUGCUUGAAGACAAGGAAGCUGAACAAAGAACUGGUCAUGAUGAGUAUCUCUUUGAUAUAGGUAAUAAUUUGAUCAGUAAUGGUAUACUUUCUGAUGGAGUCUUCAUGCCUGAAGUCUCUAAGGAUGGUGGUGGUUUUACCAUUGAUGCAGCUAGGUAUGGUAAUUUGGGCAGAUUUUUCAACCACAGUUGCGCCCCUAACAUGUAUGCACAAAAUGUUCUGUAUGAUCAUGGUGACCGCAAGAUUCCUCACAUAAUGCUGUUUGCUGCUGAGAACAUUUCUCCGUUAAAAGAGCUGACUUAUGAUUACAAUUACUCUAAAGAUCAAAUCUUCGAUUCUGAUGGCAAUAUAAAGAAGAAGGAUUGCUAUUGUGGCUCUUUGGGGUGUACUGGAAGGAUGUAUUGA